AUGUCGCCGGGAGAAGUGAGUUCUCACCGUGUCUUUUCCCCGCUGAUUUGGAGGCGCUUUGCCCCCUUAAUUCCCUCCUAUUCCCACGGUUUUUUUCCCGUGUGCGCAAGGCCCAUCACAUUUUGUUCUGCGUGGUCAACGCCAUGGCAUGUUAUUUUUCGUUAUGCGAGCUCUCUGCCUUCGAGGCCGUCGCCACCCUGUGGCAGUCCUCUGCCCUCCGAUGUCACUGAGGACGAUGAUCCUGUUUUUCCCUUUUUGCUGCCAAACAGUACGAUGCCGCUGACGCAACUGGCCAAACUGCUUCCGGAUGAGGUGCUUGAGAAAUUAGAAAAUGGGCUCAAGAGCCACCUGGAAAAUUUUCCUGCACGCUACCGUAUUUUCCGUGGAACGAACGGGCUUCUCCAUGCCCAGUGCGUGACACCCGCCGGCAACAAUGGUAAUAAGAGCACAGAGGAGGGCAAGGUGGAAGAGACUCAGGGCAAGAAGAAAGUGUCAUCGUCACUUCCAAUUGUCCCGGGCCGCUUUCUCACUCUCGAGAGUUUUAUGAGAUUCAAUUACGUAGCACGCCCCUCGGGGACGGUUGAUUGUAAUGCCUCUCAUAAAGAAAAAGAUGAGAAUAUUCAAAUGAUGAAGCACUUUUUUCAUGGGUAUGUGCACCCCGUGAAAAGCGCGGAAUUGUGGUUACUCACAGCAGAAUAUAAAUUAAGCAAGUUUCCAUCAGCAGAAGCAGCGGCGACAGUGACUGGAGUUGAGAAAAGGACUGUUGUUGAACCCGAAAUGACAGGGGUGAUGGAAGGAAAAGAGGUCCUUCAGGCGUUUCGGUGGGUGCAUCUUGAUGAUAGGGAGAAACUAAAUCAGGCAGUGAGCAUGUUACGCAGUGAAGCCUGUAGCGAUUCACUGGGAAACGACGUGGGGGAGAAGAGAGCUUCACAUGGUGAAGUUUCCUCUGCAACUACUUUUAGAAGGAGUUCCACUUUUGUUCGCUUCCUAGUCCCUACUGCGCCUCUCCCAAUGGAUGCCACAACCUCGUCGCAUUGUUUAGAAAAUGGGAUUGAGGAUUACAAUUUUUACCGCAUGUGUCGUGCGUUGAGUACAACAACGUUUAUGCGACUCCCGGAGCUGCAGGAUGUCGUGGAGGGAUGGCUGACGCAGCCUUUAGCAGCCGUCCUGGCAAUAGCGGGGGAAGAGAGCAAGAUGAGUGUGGGGCUGAAUGGUGUGGAUGAAAAACGCUCCUUGUUGGAAUUUGAAUGUGACCCCGACGACUCGACUCGCAUUGUGGGGGUACGUUUCUGGCUUGACGAGGAACGCUACCUGCCGCCGCAGUACCGUAGUAUGUCACCCGCAGAACUAGAGAAGGAACUGUCUGAGUUGGAGAAAAUAACCCCUAAAGAUCUGAACCAACUAUCCAAUCAUAAGCGUGUGAAGAUUAUUGAUAGAAAACGUCUGCUAAAGCGCUGCAUUGCCCUGCACGAGUUGGGCGUGUCUCCCAUUUGCCAUCCGGAUGUUCUGGCGUACUAUGUCUUUGAUAUCCUUCCCAUGGAUGGCCAGCUUAUACUUACCGGCCACUUGCCCAAGUUGCUCCCUGAAACUAUGCGGCGCAUUACGGACGCGCGUUCUCGUGCGUGGUUGAGAGGAUAUCCACACCUUUUCCGCUUGGUGGAGACUCCCCCUGAGGUCUGCGUCCAACGGAUGAGGGCCUCUGCCGCGAACAGCAAUGAAGACGACAAACAAGAUGAGUCCCAAAAGUUCAAAGGAGAAGAGCAAGACACUGCGACGGAGCCUUUGGAGGCGUCUUGUGAAUAUCAGCAGCGGCUUUUAGAUGAUCCUGAGGAGCAAUUGCGAGUAGUGGUCUCCAUUGUAGCCGCGCGUUUGGAAACAUGUGGAACGCGGAAAUUGCUUCCGUCACAUAUACCAAAAUUUAUCAGCAGCGAUGUGCGGCGUAAAAUAUUUCCUCGGGGCUCUGGUGGUCCCAAAGAAUACCUCAUGCGGUACCCGGAAGUGUUUAUUCUCACGGAUGGGAUUCACCCGCAUGAACCAGUGGUCACGCUUGCCCCCAAAUAUCACCUCAAUCCUCGGUUGCCAUCUGCAAGCGAUACCGUUUCUGCAACUGCUGCAGAUGCGAAUGGGAAGGGAGAAUAA